AGUAACCGAAUGUAGAUUUUGAUGAAAUUAUUCUAUUCGGCUUAGUAGUUUCUACUACGUAGAAAUAGAAUUAAUAUAAGAUUAUUUUUAUAAUUAUAUAGUGAAAGAUGGUUCGAACAAAUUGGGAACAAAUAUUUUCUUUAAAUAUUUCGUCUUUAACUGACGAAGAGAUCGAGGAUCUAUGUCCUACGAUAAUGCGUUGCAAUAUUGAUGAAAUAUCCGAUGUACAAAAUCUUCAAAUGCUUAUGAGAAUAUCUCAAGAAAUGUUGCAGUAUAAAGACAAUCAAGUAGAAUCUUUGCUCAUAGAAUGUGGAGAAUUAAAAAAUACCAUUUCAACAUUGAAACCGGAUGUUUCUAAGCAAAAACUUAAAGGUCAGAUCGUAUCUGAUUCACAGUAUGAAGAUAAAAACUUCAUUAAGUCAUCUGACACAAUUGAAACUGCCAAUCAUGAGACUGUGAUACAAAAUAAAAAUGAAAAAAUAGAAAAGCUUUUGACCGAAUUAGAGGGAUUAGAUAGAGAAAAUAUUAUUUUGAAGGAACGAUUAGGAAUGUUGAAAGAAGAAAUGGAGGAUGCAACUGAAAGAAUGAAUGAAAUGACAGAUGGAUUAAGUUCUGCACAAUCAAAAGUCCUUGAAUAUAAAGAAAGGAUAUUAGAUUUGGAACGUGAAAAUAUUGGUUUGCUCAAUCAAAUAGAAGAAUUAACCAGUCAACAAAUGGAUAGAGAUAAAGUAAUAGAUGAAUUUGGAGUAGCAAUAGAUUCUAGAAUAGCAGAAUGGAAGGAAUUAUUAGAUGAAAAGGAUACAGAGAUACACCGUUUAAGAGAAAAUUUAUCCCAAUCGUUAUUGCAAUCGGUUACAUCAGUUAAGGAAGAAAAUAAAUCACAGAUAGUAUAUUUAAACGAAGAAAUUGGUAAUCGUGAUAAGAUUAUAACAGAAUUACAAAGUAAACUUUCUGAAGCGGUUACAGAAAUAAAUGAAGGAGCUGCUAUUAUAGAGAAGUUACAAGCCAGUACGAAAAAGCCAGAAAAAGAAGAGAAGAGGAAGGAACAAAAAGAGUUAUUAAAAAAGAUGCAGGAUGCAAAUAAUCAAAUAUCUGAUUUACAAAAUGCAUUGGGCCAAACGCAGGAGGAUUUAAAACUAAAGAGCACUGAAUUAUGCGAAGUAUUAUCAAUAUUGAGAAAGUAUGAGGACGAAAAUCAUGGUUUAACAGAAGCAUUACAUGAAAUCAAAGAUUUAAAAAAUGAAUUAAAUCAUAAAAGAGAACAUAUAGAAGAUCUUGUCAAUGUGGUUAAUAAGUUAGAGAUGUUAAAUUCUUAUCAAGAAAUGGAAAUCUUAACGCUCAGAGAAAAAUUAGGGAUAUCGGAGGAUGAAUCAAUUUCCAUAGAUAAUAUUAUUAAAAAACGUAAGGAAGAAGAGAAAAGGAUGGAAGAGCUUGUUCAGGAGAAUAAAAUAUUAAUACAUGAAAAUCUCGAAAUGAAAUCGACCAUAAGGCUGUUAAAAUCAAAUAGAUCGCGUUUACCUGCAAAGAAAUUAGAUUUUUCAAGCGACACGAUAGAUAACAGCACCGACUUUUUGCACUCCACUAAAUUAUUGGAAACUGCUGCAAAUCGGGUAGUCGAUUUUGAAUCCGUUCGGAUAUAUCAUAAAACUGAUAAAGAUAUUAGAAAAGAAAUGAAGCUAGUUAUAGAUGAGAAUGAAGCUCUUAGAAGAGGCAUGCAUGAAAUUCUGGACAGUAUACGCAGUCAAGACGGUAAAAGUUCAGUAGAAGUGCAUUCGUAUACAUUGGAAAGAUUAUUGGAGGCAUUAGAUGUAAGACAUUUGGCUGGUUGGUAUCAUCCUGCUAUGAGAUUACAAGAACAUUUGAAUGUUAUACAAGGUAGCAAUGCAGAAUUACGAUCUCAAAUUAAACAGAUUAGAAAGGAACUUAACAGAAAGGAUGCUAUAUUGCAAGAUUUAGCAUUGAGCAAAGGAAUAGAUUUAGAGAGAUUAAAUACCGAUGAUUCUGAUGAUAAUAAAUUAAUGUAUAUUUCGGAAAUAAAAAAUAUUGAAAGUAUAUAUCAAAGAGAAUUAAAGGAAAGGGAAAGGGAAAAGGAAUCAUUGAUCGAAGAUAAUAAAGAUUUACGAUAUACGAUCGAUAAUUUAAAUCUUCAAAUAGAUAUUUAUGAAAAGGAUCGGAUUAAUUUAGAGACUAGCGAGGACGAAGUAAAAAGAGCAUUUGCGAUUAAAACGAAAGAUUAUAUAAUGGUUGCUAACGAAUUGUUAUUAUUGAAUAGGAAAAUUGUACUUUUAAAAGAUCUUCUUAAUAAGGAAUCUAUUAAGAUGUAUGAUUAUCAAAAAAAUGUGGUAGAAAAAGAAGGUUCUUUAAAAAGAGAAUUGACCGAUGCCAAUAAGCGUAAUAAAAUGUUAGAAUGUGAGAUAAUAAGAUUACAAAGUAAUCUAUCUAAUUCGAUGAGUAUUACGGAAUAUAGCGAUUUAAAAGAGAAAUACGAAGAAUUAAAUAUACGUUAUCGUUUUCUACUCGAGAAGAAUACUAUCUUCUACGUAGAUAGAUCUGAAAUUGAAUUGUUGAAGGAUGAAUUGGAUUUAACGAGAAAAGAAAAAUCACAAUUAAUGGAUCUAUUAAAGGAAGAUAUUUCUAAAGUGGAUGAAAGCGAUAUUGUUAGACAAUUAAAGGAUUACAAAGCUAAUGAAUUAAUCGAAAGACAGCGUGCCGAUCAUAUGACCAAAUUGCACGAGAUAUCUCAAAGUCAAUUUGCCAAAUCUGAAUCGAAGAUACAAGAAAUAACAAAUAUUAAUUGCGAGUUACAAGAGAAAUUAAUCGAUGUACAUAAAAAAUUAUCAAAAAUUGUAUCCUCGCAAAGUCUUCGGGAAAAUAAUACCGAUGAUAUUGAAGAAUCGUCGAACGAACAUAUGGAAAAAUUGAGAAUCGAUAAUGAAACGUUGAAAAGAAAAUUAGAAAUUGCCGAGGAGGAGGCCAAAUUGCAAUAUACAUUGAAUUCGUUUAAAACAUUGGAAUUAGAUAAUCUCAGACAUCAGAUUUUAGAUUUGCAAGCGAUUAGCGAAGACAAGGCUACGAUAUCGAGACUUAAUUUUGAAUUGGCUGGUAAGAAGAGUACCGAAAUGGAAUUGAACGCACGAAAGUCACAGCUCGAAAGUGAAAUAUCUUAUUUGCAUGAUGAACGUGAAAGAUUAAUGAUAAAUUCCGAUAAGAUGCGAGCGAACGUGCAAUAUUGUCGAAAACAAUGCGACGAUCGUUGCAGGAUUUACAUAGACGUAAUAGAUUUUUUACAAAGCCAAUAUGCAGGAUCAUCUUCGAUUAGCGCUCUCGACAGAUUAACGUCAAUGGUUGAAAAAUUAAAAACUGAUCGAAUAGAAUUAGAUGUGGAAAUGAAGAAGACGAAGGAUUUUAAUAAUCAUUUGAUAUCCCAAAAGGAAACUUUAACAAAUCGUUUGGAGAUUGUCGAACGUUUGAAGGAUAUAUUGGAGGAGCAAAUUGGCGGUGAAAGCGUGCAAGAUAUUUUGCAAAAGUUUUCCGAAAAUUCCCAAUACGUAUUAAACGAUUUGAAACAAAAACGAAGGAUAUCCCAUUUGGAUAAUGAAUUGCAAAUGGUAAAUGACAAAGCCGCGAAAUAUGAAUCGAUUAUUACGAGUAUGGAGAACGAAAUGAUUAACAUGCAAAAGACUUGGAAUCGUCAGGGUGAACAAGUAGUGUCAAGGACCGAUGUACAAAUUAAAGAAAUCAAAUUUGAUACGGUAGAAAAACGAUCGGUUUUCGUUCAAGUAACGAUAGAACACGAUUCGACGGAGGUACAAACAGAACCUUACGAUUGUUGUUUAAACAAACGGAAAGGAAAAGAAGAAGAAGAAGAAAAAGAAGAAGUAAUAGUAGUAGUAGAUAUGGUUGAUACGCCGAAGGAAAAAUCUGUUCGAGAAGUAGGUAACAAUACGGAUACAAUGAAUGAUACAAUUUCUAUGAUGCAAUUGAACGAACGUUUAGAGGAUGCAUUAAAACUCGCGGCAGAUCGUUCUGAUAUAAUAAAAAAUUACGAGUCAGAAAUAUUGGAUUAUCGAGAAAAAAUAGAUGCACUUAAUAAGGAAAUUAAAGUAAUGGAAUUGGAAUUAUCGAAAAGAGAAAUAAAUAAUAUCGUCGAGCCGAUAUUAGAUAUUCCUAUUAUUACAAAUAUGGAUUGUACCGACAAAUUGGCAUUGAAGUCUACGAUUAACAGUUUGCAAAAAAUUGUCGCACAAAAGGAAGAGACGAUAGUGAGAUAUCAAAAUCUUAUGAAGGAGGAAAGAGAGGAAUACGUUGGGGUUACGUCUAAUUUGCAAAGGGAAAUCGAUGAUUUGCAUUAUAAAGUACAAUUGUUGGAAAGUGAAAGGAAAGUUGACGAUAAAAAAAAUAAUGAUGUUACGAUCGAGCCUGACGUUGACGAUGAGCCAAAGAAAUCUGUUACCGUUUAUAACGCAGCCAGAGAAGAGGAGAUUGCUAGAAUGAUAGAAAAAAUAAAUACUUUGGAAGCAGAUUUGCAUAUUACGAAAGAACUUAGUGGUCGAUGGCAUCGAUUGGCAGAAGAGAGAUUGAAAUAUAUAGAUCGUAUAAGAGAAAGACUCGAAGAACAACAUAAUACGGAGCUUGAAAUUUAUCGUUCCGAGAUUAACAAAUGGCAGUCAGAAGCUGAUACGCUUAGACAACGAUUAUCGGAAGAUCGUGUCGUUCAUACGAAAGGGAAUAUAUCACUUAUGAAAGAAUUGCAAGAGAAAGAUGAUAAAAUACACGAGCUUAAUCUUAAUUGUCAACAAUUGCAGAACGAAAUCGAAUUGUUAGGAGCCACGAAUCGAUCAUUGCCAGCACGUGUUGCGAUCGAUCAUCGUGACGAACUUAAAAUCCACGAUAUCUUACCUGGUACUCAACGUGAUCAGCCUCUAUCACAGAAUCAAAUAGAUAUUUUACGUAAACAGUUGCAAUCCCUGAUGGAAAAGGAAAAGAUGUAUAAGCAUGAGAUUGCUGAACUGAAGCAACGUGUCAGUCGGGGAUACAUGGCGGUAAAAACGCAAGAGAAAAAAAUUUCUCAGCGCGAGAUGCAAUUGGAAAGGAAGGUAAAGUCUUUGGAGGAGGAGUUAGAAAAAAUGCGGACUCAGUUAGAAAGGGAAUACUUAGUUCAAGAAACUAGAAGGGCGAAGACAGCCGAGGAACUCUCGUUGUGGGAGAAGCAAAAGAAAUGGCAACAGACUGCAGAAAAAUUGCAAGAGAAGUUAAAAGAGAAAACGAACGAGUAUAUCAAAUUAAAUUCGAAUCACGAAAAAUUACGAUCUUUGGUUUCCUGCAUGGAACGUGAAAAGUGGUUUCUAAAGAGUAAAAUAAAAGGGGAAGCUCCAUCAAACGUGUUGAAUGAUAUACCGUCUAGACCGAUCUCAGCUGCACAUCAGAGUCUCGUGAUUGAUUUACAGAAGGAAUGUCAAAUGUUGAGAGAACGUAUCGGCGAAUUGGAAAGGGAAAAUAGUCAUGAAUUAUUAAAGAAAAUAGACGAGCAAAAGAAUUGUAUAGCUUCAUUGGAAGCUGUCACGAAGGGAAACGAGUACGUUGUCGAGAAAUUACAAAAAUUAGAGACUACCAGGGACAUUCUCGAGAGAGCCAAUUUGAAAUUGGAAAGUGAAAAUUUUGAAUUAAGAUUAGAAAUAGAAAAAGCUAACGCGGAUACGCCGCGUUUGCGGGAAAAAGUCGAACAUUUAGAAAGAUACAUCGAAUUGUUGAAAGUAGAGAAAUCGUCGGAUUCGACACCUAGAUCGACGAACAAGGAACAUCAGGAAUUAAAUUCCAAAAAGUCUGUUUUAGAAUUAGAGAAAACGAUCUUUACGUUAAAGAGAAUCAUUGAAAAGUUACAAGCGGAGAACAAAAGGCUGAAGUUUAAUUCGAGAAGGAAUAAUUUCGUAUCUGGUCAAGUAAAGAAAGUUAACACAGGGAGCGAAAAAUCUUACGAGAAAUUGUACGAGGAAGCUCAAAAGAGAAUGAUAGACUUGGAAACGGAUUUGCAACUUGCCGAACAGAGAAUAACGAUGUUGGAAGAAACUCAAAAGGAGGAUGACAACGGCGAGAUUAAUAUCUUGAAACAACAAUUGGCACAUAAAUCAGAACUAUUGGAAAAAGUGAAGCAAUUGUUGACGAGGGCGGCCAUAAAUGAAAAGACACUUCGUCAACGACUUCAGCAACUGGAAUCUAAACAGACAUUGUCACCGAUACCAGAAUGUUACGUAACUGUACCUAAUUUAGACUGAUAAUAAUACAAUAUUUAAAUAUUUCACAGGAAUGAUGUUGAUCUUGAUCAAUAAUUUAUUUUACAUACAACAAGUUUUACAACGUAUAUAUUUAUGUUUAUAUAUAUAUAUAAAUAAUACUGUGUAUGUGUAUAUAUAUAUAUAUAUAUGUAAUCACGACGAUAAUUUAUAUAUUUGUACACGAAGGCGCUUUAGCGAAUGUAAAUACGUCUUUACGAACUUAGCUUUUGAGCAUUAAAGCGAGCUAAGGGUUAAAAUUAAGUACUUUCAUUAAUGGGGUUGAUUAUCAUGGAACACACGUGACUAGAUUGUAAAACGCUCGCGGAAUAUGUUUCCGUGGCAUUAAUAAAAUUAACUAAUGAAGAAA